AUGCUCUCAAGAUUGGUCCCCUGUUUCAAUGGAAAGGCUUUAUCCAUCAUGAAGAAUUUGCCAUCAUCAUUUCGGAAACAUGUUGGGACAAAAUCCAAGGAUGGUGUAGGAUGUAGUUUUGUACGAUUUCAUCAUCAUGUUGAUCAAAUUCGUUUAUUCAACAUGAAAAGAAAUCCCGUGUUUGUUCAUACGUGCUGGCAUCAUGAGGAAAAUUGCAAUUUUACCAUGAUGAAUCGACAAUAUCACACAAGUAUGAAAAAUUAUGAAACAAACAAAGAAGAGGAAACGGAAAUGGAAAUUUGUGUUAAAAAUCUUGAGCUGUUGGAAAAGAAAGUCUCUGAAAUUAUUUCAAAAGAAUUAUCGAGCAGUCAUCAUGAAGACGUUAAGCUAACGAUUCAACAAGCAAAGAAAAUGAUUGGAAGUGAUGUGUUUACUCUCGUCUCCAUGUUCAGUACCGUGUGUAGAUCACAAUCAGAAGGUGAAAAUUUACCCUCUCUUCAAUUUAUGAAAGAGUAUUUACGAGCAAUCCGAUUGUGUUUGAAAUGUGGAUUACGAGGAUGGAUUGAAUUAAAUACCACUGAUGAAUUUUUAACCUAUCUUAUUCGAGAAAGAGAACGAUUGUCAGAAAUUGAUGAUGAAACACCAACAGUUCCUCCAUUUAUAGUUGAUAUUAUCCGUCAUGAAGUGGUUGCCGGGAAAGACUCCAAGUAUGCCAAAGCUGAAAAUAUUGACGAAGAAGAACCUGAUUGGUUUUUUAAUUAUCUUCUCAACGCUUUCAAAACCUCUCCAAUUCUCACUGCCUAUGCCGAGAAUAUUAACAUUUGUCAAUUUAUUCAGCAAUAUCUUGCGGACUAUGUUUCCAUGGGAAUGCACGUUAUUUCGAAUAGUGAUGACAUGAGUCCUACAGAGACGGUCAAAAUAGAAGCAGAAUUCUUUGAAGCAGUGUUUUAUUGGAGUUAUUAUAUUUGCUCAAUCAAUUCAUUUGUAAUUGAAGAAAACUCCCUCGCUCACAUGAAAAAGAUAUGUGACCAAUUUGAGUAUUGGAAGACCCAAAACAAGAACCACAAGUUCAGAGAUCUCGAGACGGGCGUGACGAUAUCUCUAGAUUCUUGCAUGGAUGUUGUGAGAGCAGUAAUAGCACUCUGUGAAAGCAAACCUAAGGAGGCUGAGAAAUACCUAUUGAAUGCAAUUACGAUUGAUCCAUCCAACAUUCAUGCGCAAGGUCUUUUGGCACGAGAAUGCUACUUUGUCGCUCAUCCUGAAAAACUUGAAAAAUUAGCUGAAAUUCAAACAGUCAUUUCCAAACUUAAUUCCAUUAUUGACUCUGUCCGUAAUCGACAACUUGGAGGCGAAGUACCAGAUCAAGAAUUACCUCGCUUUUCUGCUGACACAAACAUUAAGGCAAGCUUACUGUUGCAUGCUGCCUCGCUGGUUCCAAAAGCAAACAAAGGUCAUACGGAACUCAUCAAAAAGUCAAGCUCCACAUUUGACUUGUCAGAUUUAUACUGUAAAAUUCCCUACAAUAUUGUGAAUGCCUACAAUAGAAUUCGAGUACUAUAUAGUUUAGAAAAGUAUGAAGAAACACUUCAAGCCAUCAAUGAAAUUCUUCACGUAAAAUUCAAACUCACCGAAGAUCAAUUGAGAGAUAUCAUUAUUAUGCUGAAUCUUUCUCUGAUACAACUCAACAGGGCGGAAGAAUCGAUCAAACUCAUAGAACCCUAUAUUAGAGGCAUGCCCUAUGAUUUGGAAUUGCGAUAUUCAUGGCUUUUCACACAUGAAACUCUUGCCCGGCAAGCAACCACACCACACACAAAGAAACAAGCCAUUUCCAACUGUACGAACGAAUAUGAAAAACUUCUGACUGCCCUUAAACACUCAGCCUCUCCACAAAACCUUCAAGCUCAUAUUUCAUUUAUUCAAGGCAAAUUACAACAACUGAAUACAGAAUGGAAUGGAAACAAGUAG